CUCAAACAAAGUGUCUUUCGAAUUGACUAAAUAUUGAAAAAAAUGAUUCCACCAGCAGAGUCUCUCCUCAAAUAUGACAAUCCAGUUUUGAUCAGCAAAAGCACGGACAGAAAGUCACCCAAGGCCCGCCCUUUGAAAGUGAGUCCUCAGCCACUUCUGGACUCUGCCACGCCUGUUCCACCACCUCCUAAACCAAAAUCCACUUCAGCUGAUUCCACCAAGCAGGAAGAUCAGGAGAUUCUAAACACCAUCCUUCCACCAAGGGAAUGGAUGGACGGAAACCAACUGUGGGUGCAGCAAGUGUCAAGUGCACCUUGUACAAGAACAGAUGUCAUUAAUUUGGAGGAGCUGCUGGACACAAAGCUGCAGCAAAGGCAGGCCAGAUGGACAGGAAUCUGUCCUGUCCGCAGAGAGCUCUAUUCCCAGUGCUUUGAUGAGCUGAUCAGACAGGUGACUAUCAACUGUGCUGAGAGGGGUCUGCUGCUGUUACGGGUCAGAGAUGAGAUUCAAAUGACAAUAGAUGCCUACCAGACUCUGUAUACAAGCAGUGUGGCGUUUGGUAUGAGGAAAGCACUUCAGUCGGAGAAAGGAAAGGCUGACAUGGAGAAAAAAAUUGCUGAUCUAGUGGAUGAGAAGCUGGAGCUGAAGAAGCAAGUGAACGAACUCAAAGCUCAAUGUGAUGCAGUUGAAAAAAGGGAAAAUGAAAGGCGACAGAUUGAAGAAAAGAAGCAUGCUGAGGAGAUCCAGUUAUUCAAGAGAACCAACCAGCAGCUUAAGACUCAACUGGAAAGGGUCAUCGCACCAAAGAACAACUGACAAAAACAGUCAUAU